AUGACUGUGUUAUCGUUUGGCAAUUCUUUAAAACAAUUUGGUUUCAAAAAAGAAGCUGAGGAAGAAGAAAAUGGGAUCCUAAUAGAAGACAACAAAACAAAAGAAGCGGUCACUGUCUGUAAAGUAAAGGGAGAGGAGCCGCCAGAAAAUCAACUACCGCCUUCUAGAUCUCCUGUAAGGUCACCUAAAAAGAUAAAAAGAUCUAUUGCCGAAAGUAUUAAUGACCAAGUAUCUGAUCCAUCGCUGAAAGCGACAAGUCCUAGAUCGAGAAGCAAGAGGGAUGAAAAAUUAAUAUUAGAUGAAAUCAAGGAUAAACGACUUGUACCUUUACUACGGCCUGGUCUAAGAUGUGUGUUUGUUGGGUUUAAUCCUGGAACCGAAUCCGCACUCAAAGGCCACUAUUAUGCUCAUCGAUCAAAUCUAUUUUGGAAGUUGAUUUAUGAAUCUGGUUGUGUAAAUAGACCAGUAACCUAUAUUGAUGAUACCCUGUUGCCUGAUGAGUUCGAUAUCGGAUUUACCGACCUGGUAGGUCGACCAACACCAGGUAUUAAACAACUAUCAGGGCAAGAAAUGAUUCAAGGAGCGCCUAUAUUAGAGCAGAAAAUCGCUAAACAUAAACCAUACUAUGUGUGUCUUGUAGGAAAGGGUAUAUGGGAGGCGGUAUAUCGAUAUAAGCGUGGUAAUAAGCUCCCUGAGAGUUUCCAGUGGGGUUUACAAGCCGAGAAGCUCGGUGGAUCAAAUAUAUACGUCGUUCCUUCUACCUCAGGUCUGGCAGCAUCUAUAUCUCGAGAGACAAAGCUGAAGGUAUGGAAAGUACUCGCUGGACUUAUAAAUGACCCUGUAGUAACUGCCAGUUUGGUCAGUUCUGAACCUGGAACAUGUGACGAAACAAAUAAUGACAAAAGCAGUCUCAAGUAA